AUGGCUUCUAGUUAUGUCCGGGACCUAGUUUGUCAAGACUGCCUUGAGGGCCUGUUCUCUUCAGAAGCGUUCCAGCAGGCUUGGACCUCGAGCGGGCUCCACGAGGGAUUCUCGUACACUUCUACAUGGACGCAGGUGCAAGUUUCAGCGGAGCGGGGCUGUCAGUGGUGCAAGAUCGUGCAUGGAACAAAGACGGACGCGAUGCAAAGAAAGCACAUCCUCCAAGUAACUGUUGGAAUCCGGACGAGUCCCAGCAGCGCACGAGUUACCCCGAAAGGCGUGCAAGUACUCAAGCUCACCAUCAAUGGGACGUUCAUCUCGGAGUACUACGUCUACACGGACCGAGACGACCCCGCAGCGUCACAAAUUGUGGCACGCAGCCCGCUUCUUGAAGUCCGUGCGCCCCUCGCGCGUAAAAUGGCAGUCGAAUGCAUCGCGGACUGCAUCAAGAACCAUCCGCAGUGCACGCCGCCGCAGGACGCCGCGCUCCCCACGCGCGUCGUCGACUGUUCAGACCCAACACGUCCUAAAUUGCGCCUUCGAAACGGCGAACGCGCGCGUUACGUUGCACUCUCGUACAUCGCAGGUUCUUCUCCCUCCUUUUCGGACGUGGACAGCGCGUACGCUCCUUCCACUGCUCAGGGCUCCUCCAACUUCCCCGCGUACUGCACCACAACGCGGAAUACCGCCCAGUAUCGGACCGGGAUCGACUCGAUGCUCCUGCCUCGUACGCUCCGCGACGCGAUCAUGACCACCCACCUCCUCGGGAUACAAUACCUCUGGGUCGACGCGCUCUGCGUUCUGCAAGAUUCGCCCGACGACCGCGCCCGUGAGGCUUCGCGCACCCGCGGGGUGUUCCGCAACGCAUACCUCACGAUCGUCGCCGCCUCUGCACGGCACCCGUCCGAGGGUUUCCUGCACGACCGCCCCGACCGCGCGGCUGCGGACCCCCACCUGCCCCUUCCCCUCCCCACGCGCGACGUCGGCCCCAAUGCAAGCUUCCGGUUGCAGAGCGCGGCUGCUGCGCGCCAGUUCCAGUUCGGCGGCGCUGCGGAGCCCACCGCGGAGCGUGGAGAAGGCAUGGCGGAGCAGCUGCUCGCGCCGCGCGCGCUCGUCUACGCGUCGCACACCCUCCAGUUCCUCUGCCAGACCGCGGUCCAGAACAUCGGCAGCGCGGUCUGCGUCGCGCUGCCGCCGCCGUCGGGGGCGUGCGCGUACCUGCCGCGCCUCCCCGACGCGCUCUUCCGCCCGGACGCGGACUUUCCGCUCACGUCUGCGCGCGACCUCGGGGACACCCGGCGCGCGUGGGCGCACGCCGUGGCGGACUACACGGGACGGGCGCUCGCGCGGCCGCAAGACCGCCUGCCCGCGCUCGCGCCGCUCGCGGACGCGUUCCAGCGCGCGUGGCGGACGGAGUACCUCGCGGGGCUCUGGCGCGCGACGCUCCCGCGCGACCUGCUGUGGCGCAAGGACCCCGCGACGCGCUACCCGCGCCCGCUCAGCACAUCCCGGCGCGCGCCGCCGUCGUGGUCGUGGGGCGCGGUGGAGGGCAAGGUCGUGCCCCUGCUCGCCGUCGCGGGCGACACCGUCGGCGAGACGCUCGCGGAAGAGGAGGAGCGUGCGCCGGGCACGCCGCCGCACGAGCCGCACGCGGUGCGUGCGUGCACCGUCGUGUCCUGCACGGGCGUAGGCGUAGGCUCCGCGUCGCGCCCCGGUUCGCCGACCCCCGCGAGCUCGCGCCCGACGUCGCCCCUCGGCCGUCGCAGCCCGUCCCCCUCGCCGCCACUCCCCUCCGCGCUGUCGUCGGCCUCCCCGUCGCCACUUUCGCCCUCGCCCUCGCCCCCGCCCCCGUUCCCGCCCGCCGGCACGCUCACGCUGCGCACCGCCGCCCGCCGCGCGGUCUGGGACCCCGCCGCGGACGCGCCGACCGACCUCCUCCUGCACAUCUCGGGGCGGCACGCGGGGGGCCACACGUCCCUCGCCGCCGCGGCGCUGCCCAAGCAGAUCCGGAUCGGGCACGCGUGGCCGGACGCGGUCGAGCGCGAGCCGGACGCGCUCGUCGCGGACGUCUGGGCCGUGCCCGUGCUGUGGGACGAGCGCCGGGAGUGGGUGGCGGGCCUCGUCGUCGCGCUCGUCGCGCCCGCGCCGGGCGAGGAGGGCGUCGUGCGCCCGAUGCGCUUCCGCCGCGUCGGCUACUUCCAGACCCCGGAGGACUCGUCCGGCGGGCUCGCGUGGAUGGACCAGCCGGCGCAGGACAUGGUCAUCGUCUGA